AUGAAGCCCCAAAUCAAAGUACUUAAUACUGUACUACAGAGAUUGAAGACCCUCAACGAGCCUUGUUUUGGUAAACUUUUUGGUAUUUUCACCAACAACAACUUGCUAAUAUUAGGUUUGCAUCUGGAAAACGAUGAGGGCCUCAAUUUGAACUAUUCGUUUCCAGCUGAGAUUGAUUAUUGCGGAAUCUUUGAAGCAUACUCUGAACCCUUUGAUCAGCAAACAAUCCUCAAAAAAUGCAACAACGUGGAAGUAACAGACAAUCCAAUAUUCCUCUCAGUAAGGCUCACAAUCCAAAACGACAUUCAAUGCAACCUUAUCUGCAACAAUCAAAUACACAGCACCAACUACACAACAGUAGACAAACAAGAAGUUUAUUCCAAAUUUGUCCAUGCAAGAUUAAGAGGAGAGUUUCAGCUAAACUGCGAACAAACUGAAGAAAGUAUUAGAGCUAGUUUUGCAGAUUUGAGAAAGCUUAUAGCUUCAGGAAUGAUGGCCUUUACUAUAGCCAAAUUGAAUGUUAUUCUUGUCACUAAUGAUAGUGAAAUGAAUGGCAUUAUUGGAAUAAAUGAUGACCCAGCAUUUGGAGAUAUUUGCCAGGAGGCAAACACAGAAGGACCUCAAAGAAAAACCAAAACAAAUCAGCUAGACAUAAUAGAUGUCAGUAUAAUGAAAAAGAUGAGCAAAGAUGGAGAAGCCAAAAACCAUUCACCUGUAGUUGUUUUAGAUAAAAAAAAAUUAAGCCUCUUGAAAAUACCAAUAAAAAUUGAUUUUUUGGCCCUGAUCCACAAGGAAACUAAACUGUCCAAAGUCUAUGAUGUAAUGCUUGAAAGUGCCAUCAAAAACUUAAGACUCUAUGAAAGCACUUUGCAAGAGUUUAUCAAAGACAAUAACAUCAUUGAAAACAGUUUGAAUAUACCAGAGACUUUACACUUUUUUCCCAAAGAUUGCAAUCACUUUUUAACCAGGAUUGUUUUCAGACAGCCAGAAGAAAAACUUAAAAAAUCCAGAGAAUCCCUUCAUGACAUCCUUGUCUUAUCCAAAUCAACCCCCAUGUUCAGAUCAGCCAACCAAUACCAAUUCCUAAUCAAACCCAAUGGGCCUUUAACCAAUGUCCACCAAGGCCUCAAACCAACCAGCAACAAUGGCAAAUUAGCCUUAGUAAAAGGCAAUUACGAAUACUACCACUAUUGCCAAAAUAACAUGGAUGACAGUGGUUGGGGCUGCGCCUACAGGUCUUUGCAAACUCUAGCCUCUUGGUUCAAGUUGCAAGGCUACACCAAUACAUCAGUGCCCACCUACAAUGACAUCCAAAAGUGUUUGGUUCAAAUUGGAGACAAGCCUAGUAGUUUUGUUGGUUCCAGGCAAUGGAUUGGAUCAACUGAAGUUAAUUUUGUUUUAAACUCGCUCCUAGGAGUAACAUCAAAGAUUUUGUAUGUCAGCUCUGGAGAGGAAAUGGCUAGCAAAGGUCCAGAGUUGGUCAGUCAUUUUGAGACUCACGGUUCACCUGUUAUGAUUGGUGGAGGUGUUUUGGCUCAUACUAUUUUAGGGGUGGACUAUAAUCAGCAAACUGGAGAUUUGAAGUUUCUUAUUUUGGAUCCUCAUUAUACUGGCAGUGAGGAUUUGAAUACUAUACAAAGCAAGGGCUGGUGCGGUUGGAAAGGGUGUGAUUUUUGGGACAAGACUGCAUAUUAUAAUAUGUGUUUGCCUCAAGUGCCCAGAGAAGUUUGA